CCCCUCUCUUGUUGCUGGGUUGGUAACCCAUGGAUGUCAGUGGCACAAUUUCAUUUGGCAACCGUAACGCUACAUGCCACUGAAACGUUUUGUCAUACACUCAAAAUUGGCGCAAUACGGAGGGAGUGUAAUGCAUUUUCCUUCCGAAGGCUUGUCAGUUUCUCCGCUGUCAGAUUUUAGCGCCUAGCUGACAUUGGGAUUCGCCAGUCGUCUGCCUGAAUAUUGAAUGGGCACUGUACACUCAAGAACACCUUCUAGCUGCAGCUGAAGUGGCAGGCACCGGAUUUUUUUGUACGAAAAGAUGCUGCAGAUUGGGGACGGUAUCGCUUGCCUGUCGGCAGUGUUUAUCGUGCUUGCCCUCGGAACCAGGAGCGCAUUAUGGUCCACGGUUAUCACCACGUCACUAUACUUCUUUCUGGUGAUGUUCCGAUUCCCGCAAGUCCCAGCGAGCCGUGCUCGGCAGGUGCUGCGGCCUGGAAGACCCACAGCCGGGGCGAUUUCGGUCAUCGCGCACCGCGGCGGCGGUCACGACGCCCCAGAAAACACCUUGGCCGCUAUUCGGGAGGCCAGUGAAAAUGGAGCGACUGGGGUUGAAUUGGACCUGGAGUUCACUGCCGACGGGGUGCCCGUGCUCAUGCACGAUGAGACUGUGGACCGCACCACCAACGGGUCGGGACCGCUCAACAAGAUGCGCUUCUCUGAGAUCAAGAAGCUGGAUGCUGCGGCCAAGCACCGCCUCAGGGAGCGUUUCCAUGGUGAGAGAGUGCCCACGCUACAGGAGGCUGUGGAAGAGUGCAUGAGGCGGCAGCUGACCAUAUACUUUGAUGUCAAAGGUCAUCCAGAUGAGGCAGCAGCUGCUCUGAAAGAUUUGUAUAAAAGAUACCCAGUAUUGUACAACACUAGUAUCGUCUGCUCAUUUGAGCCAAAAGUCAUCUACAGGAUGCGCCAGGCGGACCCGCAGGUGGUGACGGCGCUGACCCACCGGCCGUGGAGCCUGAGCCGCUUCGGGGACGGCUCGCCGCGCUUCGAGGCAGCGUGGAAGCACCACUGGCACCAGCUGUUGGACGUCCUGCUGGACUGGGCGCACCACCACGUCCUCUGGCACCUGUGCGGCGUCUCCGCCUUCCUGGUGCAGAAGAACUUCAUCUCCCCGGACUAUGUGCAGUACUGGGCAGAGAGGGGUGUGGAGGUGGUGGCGUGGACGGUGAAUACGGCAGUGGAGAAGCAGUACUACCAGGAGCUGCUGCAGACCAACUACAUCACCGACAGCCUGAGGGAGGACUGUGAUCCGCACUACUGACAAGACAAGACAAGACAGAUCAGCAGAAAGACCCCACCCACAGACAAAACUGAUAAACGGGACACACAGAGUGAAAGUCAGUGUGACUCAUCCAGUUGUUUCCUCCAACCUCGUGCCUCGAUGUCGCACCUCCUCAGGUGGAGAAAACAAUAAAGUUUCCUCUCUGUCAAGCAGCACAGAGUGGCUUUUUGGAUUUUUUCCCCCCAAUUCAAUAUCCUUAUUGCAAAUACGUGUUAACUUCUUGAACUGCUUUUUUUUUGGGGGGGGGGAGAUAUUGGAUAAAAACGUAUGGUAUUGGGAUGUCAUCGACAACAUUGAGCAAGGCAGGAGGAAUCACUGGAGGAGCACUACUGACAAGACAUAACUUACAAACAUAGACAGACUGACAGACAGACAAGCUAACACUGACAUACUAACAGACCCACAGACAAGACCAAGACCAAUGACUGGACAUUCAAUGGACAUGUAGUAACACUUGAACAGAUAUGAAGGUUUUUUAUGACUGAUUUUGCAACCGAAAAACAGACUUCCUGAUUGUCUGGCAUUGCCCAUCAGAAAUGCCCACUCUGUCAUGUCACAUGUACCGCCCCUGAUAUUGAGUACCGGUAUGUGUUUCUGAUUGGCAAAUCCAGCUUGUAAGGGAAGAGCGGAACACUGCUCCUUUAUCGUUUCAGAAGUAGUGUUGCGACCUUUCUCCACAAACUGAAAACGAUGACACUUUGAAAAGCUGCACCUGAAAACAAUAAACAUUCAAGAUGUGCAGGCCCUCGCAAAACCGAAUGGCAAAUCCAACCAGGAAAUCUGUUUUUUUUUCUCCCUUCAUUGCAAAAUUAACAGUUGAGAGUGCAUCAAAUCAGUGAAACAGAAUGGAAUGGAACCUGUUGGUGUCCAUUCUAAUACAGUAUACAGUCAAUGAACGAGACGAAUACAGGACUCAACAGACAGGCGAAAGCCCCAGCUGUCCUAGGACACAACACCUGCCUAUCUACCUACCUACCUACCAACCAACCAACCAACCGCCCACCCAGGCGCACUGACGCAUAUUGCCAAAUUCCCUCUCAGCCUUGGAAUUUAAACAAACUAAUUUCAGCAGUGAUGGGGCAACUGGAUUCAGAAACUACAAUCCAGUGCCACAUAUUCCAAAGGACCUGGUUCCUGUUAAAAGUCAACCAGGUGAUGACCCUAAUUGGACUGGUAAAACCAGGUAAUUUGGAAUAUAUGACACUGGAUUAUUGCUUCUGAAUCUAGGUUUCCCAUCACGGCUAAUGUGUAAAUAUAUUUACCAGUACUGUAUAUUUGCAGGCCACUCAGGGGCAUCUACGCUCAAAACUUUUAAGUGACAAGAGUAGAGUUUGUUUAAAAAAAAAAAAAAGUGAAGGAAAAUGGUGAAAUGGCUGCAGAUAUUUCAAUAUUUGCUGUUUUUUUCUUCUUCUUCUUUCCUGGUGCAGCUAUUAGCAAGUUGAAGGGAGAAGAAUACAGGCAGCAUGUCUGCACCUACGGUCUUGUUUUUAUUAUUGCCCAUUAUAGAGAUGGUAUUUAAGAUGUUUUAGGUUAUUGUAAUUUAAUUGACGCAAUGAAUGUGUUUGCAUGCAAGAUUUUGAACAGUUACUUACAGUCUUAAACAGUGAUGAUGGGUACCCAGGAUUCAAAAGAUAAAAAUCCAGUGCCACAUAUUCCAAAUUGCCUGACUUUAACUGUCUUAUUAAAAUCAGGUCAUUAGGAAUAUGUGACACUGGAUUGUAGCUUAUGAAUCCGUGUUCCCUACUUCUGGUAUUAAACUUGUGUUAUAAAACAUCCACUCUUUUGGAAACGCCAUUUCUAACACUGGACCACAUUUGCACAGCAACCUUUGUGCAACAGCUGCCAUGUUUGACCCUUAGCCUACUGAAGCUUCUACAUACAUAAUUUUCUUAUAUCUCAUAAGUUGAAUCAUUUACUUUAUAGCCUUAGUUUGUUGUUUAGGAUCAUCAAAGAAACAAAUUUGAGAGCAAGUUUUGUCAAAUGGGAGCAACAGCAGCAAUAAGGUAGAGAGUACGAUAUCUUGUAGUACAUGUGACUGGCAGCUAACAUCUUCAUAGAAUGUUAGAAUUCUAGAAUUUGUCUUGACAAAAGGUUAGCUCACAAAUAAAGGCCCUAUCUCGCUGUCGUA